AUGUCCUCUUCUUACAAGCGCCCAGGGGGAACCACUCAACGUAGUCAAAAUUACUACAAGCGUCCACGAAUGGCGCCCGUAAAGCCACCGAGGAAGCCUUUUUUCGACUAUCGACUCUCUAAGCUUGCAAUUGGCACAUUUGUUUUGGAAAAAAACGGAAUUGAAGAGGAGAAAGGCGACUGCAGGCUUCGUUUCUAUCUUAAUAAUUCAAACGAUCCAUUGUCCAAACAGGAUGCCAUCGCAAUCACUUGGAAUAAUGGCCAAACUCGAAUUAUUUUUGAGAUACCGCAUGUGCAUAAAAUUGCCUUAACUCAAAAAGAUGGAUAUUUUCAGAUCUCUACUGAUGGAGUGGCUCAGUUUGAGAAACUGGAUCAAAAUGGUACAUAUGUGAUCAGUGAAGAGGAUCCAACUUAUGGCCAAUUGACUACCAACCAUGCUAUCGAUUGUUAUGUCGAUAUGGAUAAUCCGGUCACCCAACCAAAAUGGACACAUCAGAAUAUUAACGAAUGGACAAACGAGAACUCAAAAUUUAGGCAAAUAUUGGAGGUUACCGAUGCGGAAAUGUCCAAGACAUUUGAGGACGUAGUGAAUUCAUGGGCCCGCACUUCCAAUCAUGGUUUACUCAGUGAUAGAUUACUUUUUGCUAAGGCACAACUUUGCAAGGUUGAUCGACUCUUUGAGAUAAUCACACGUUUAAUACGCAAAGAAUCCUCCCUUGGACCGGCUAUUGAUGGAUUAACCGUAAUAAUCAAGGAUCUUGCCGAAAAAUGUCAUUUGGAACAUGAAGAACUGGAAAAAAUGAUUGCCCCAGUUGUGAAUACCAUACCAGAAUAUUUGAUUUUGAGAGCUCUGGAGGCUAUGUGGAAGGCUGAAGAAAGAGAGACUGGGGCAAC